AUGCGUACAUGCCAGGCCGAGAAGAGCGCGCCGAGCCAUCAGAGAAUAAGGAUCGACGGCGCAACGAGCACACAAAUCGCGAGCGACGUCAUAAGCCGGUCCUCUCCAUCAUCGGAAAUGGCACGUCGAAACAAGCGCAAUACGGGGGUUGGCCUAGCCGGCGCAACCAUCGUUUGGCUCAUCUUCCAACGGAUAGGAUAUUCUUUCAUUACCUUUAUUUGUCGACUUUCCAUACUCUCCUUGGUCGCUUUGUUUCUGUGGUCGAACUUCUCCUUCUAUAUUAAAAAAACUACUUUUAACUUCCCGGAGAUCACGCUCCCGGAGGAUCUAUGCAACAUCGUAGCUCUUUCACUAACAGAUGCAUUCAACAAGGCGAUCGGUGAGCUUCGCAAAGUGGCUUUGGGUAAGGACACGGUGAAAUUUCUCCAGGCUGUUUUCGCGAUGUGGUUUGUGUCCGUGGCUAGUAGCUGGCUCGACUUUUUGACAAUAGUUUACAUGUCGGCUGUGUUUAUUUUGAUGAUGCCGUUGUUGCACGAUGAGAGGAACGAUGAUCAAGUGGACUCGUACGCGCAAAAGGCGAAAUCUAGAAUUACGAAACAGUACAGCACGUUGGAUGGGAAAGUUCGCCUAAACUUCACCCGAGUUCCUUUCAUUGUAGAUAAUAAACAAGAACAACAACAGCAGCAACAAUUAGAGUCGGGCUUGCCCGUUUCGAACAUGGAUGGGCAAUCCACCGAGCAAUAA